CUGUGACAGUCACACAUGUGACAUGUCCUGCCAUUCAUUCUCCACGCUCAAGGCGUUCUCCGACCGAUAACGCGUCAUGGAAGCACAGUCAUGAGCAUUGCACUCCGAACCAGCGACGCAGCAUAGUACACUUUUACAACACGGCAGUAGCAUUUGUUUUUCGCCCGCACUGCGUAGCCGCCAGCCUUUCGCAGAAGGUUUUGAACACUUAAACUUCGAGGGGCCUUCGCUUAACUCCCGCAAGCUUUCUUCCCCCCCGCACUGCUCGUGAGUUGCUCUCUCCUGUUUUCAGCCCUCGCAGCGAACAGCUCAUGCCCCAGAGGUGCCCGGACAGACCCAGAUCCAGCUACAAUGAACAUCGAACACCAUAGUCGCAUUCCACGAACGGACCUGCCUUCAACAGGCCACCUCUUUGACCAUUCACCUCAAGGACACCCACAGCUACAGCUUAGGCGAUCAACAUCAUCGCAUAGCGCUUCUCCUUGGUCGCCACAAGAUCCAUCUUCGCAUCCAGCGGGGCAAUCUGCUUCACCAUCUGAGCACCCUCAUACAGCCCAGCGUGAUGAUGACCAGAUACCUCUUGGAAACCGUCCAUCGACCGCAGGGCUGUCGGUCACCCUCUCCUCCCUAUCAGUCGAAUCCUCCCUUCCCUCCCCCUUGGGUAUAUUUCCCCCAGAACAGGAUCAUCCCGAUGUUGGUUCGAUUCGGCCUGGACUUCAGCCCAUCCCUCAUCAGUUUGCAUAUCAACCUCCAUUCUUGUCGAGUACAUCUCCCGAUUGGGCUUCUAGUACUCGUUCCAAUUCUUCUUCCGAGCUCUAUUACGGGGCACCAGACCCUGCGACAAUUAGUGGUUCACAAGAUGAUAGGAUUGGCGCAUUCAACCUUGCGGCACCUCAAGGAGAUGUUUCAAACACAAAUGGUACACCCCUCGAGGCACCCCUCAGUCGGCGUGCUUCUCGCUCGCUCUCCAAUUCUCAACCCCAUGAACCGUGUCGUGACCUCCAUCAUCAACUUUCAUACUCUGGGCUGGUGCAGCCCGCAACUACCCACUUUCAUAGUGUUGACUCGGAUCCCAAAUCCUCGCGUCCAGAUCCACCUCACCACAUCGAAAGUACCGUUGAAGGAUCUGUCCUCCAUCGCACUCUGACUGGUAACGAAUCCCCCGCCCAAGCUGCCGCUGGGAAUCCCGGUGGGCUCAUGUGUGACUCUUUUAUCACACCUCCUGAGCAUAAGGUCGAGCAGAAGAGUCCCAAGAUUGGGUGUCUGCAUGUGCCUAACCCAGAAUUGUCGAAACCGGCAAUAAUCACUAGGGGGCAGACAUCCAAUUUCGUCAGCAAACUUUACCUGUGCGUACAUUGGCCCAUUUUUUCAUAGUUAAAUUGAGAGUGCAUUCAUAAUUCCCGUAUCGAGUAGGAUGAUCAAUGACCCUCAAUCUGCUUGCUACAUCCAGUGGACACCACUCGGGAUCAGGUGAAUCAUUGGCUCUUCCAAACACUGGAACACGUAACUCAUGUCGGCGUCUUUCACAAGUUUCGUCGUGUCAAAUGUAGGGGAGUUCAGUAAUGAGAUCCUGGGCUCUCAUUUUAAGCACAGUAAUGCAAGUCUUGUCUUCGUUAUAUUCACCUGCCCCUAAGCUAAUUGCUGAGCCUGCUCACCACCCAUUUUCAAGUUCUCCAGCUUCGUUCGUCAGUUAAAUAUGUAUGGGUUCCAUAAGUCCAACAGGGUUCGUCGGCACAAUUUUUUUUCCCAUCGC